UAAACGUAUAUGUCUAUAGGAUAUAAGACAUGGAAGACAAUACCAAAAUAAAUAAACGAAAACGAUUUUUAACACAAGACGAGGAUUCAUUUAAAAUUCACCCUUCUACACAAAGAAGAUGGAAAAUAAAAAUGCAAUCUGGUCGCAAAUCGCGCUUGCGAAUCACAGAUUUGCAGACAAUAAAUAUGAAUAAUGUACUCCCUACGUGUUCGUCGGAUAGAACCUACGACUGCAAUAUUGUCGAAGUUGAAACUGCAGCGUCCUCCAAGAACAAACCGUUACCAAAUGUGCCUAAUAUGGUUGACAACGAUGGUGAUAAUGAUAGCGAUGAAAUUUUUGACACUAACGUCGAGACAAAUGAUGAUAACGUACAUGAUAGCGAAGACGAAAAGAUAUCUGAAUCAGAAAAUAAUAAGCAGGACAACUUUUACGACGAUACACACGACUUCACGGAUGUCACAUAUUUGAAGAACGUGAUAAUGUUUGAAGCAUCUAACACAAGUGCAUGGGAAGUUUUUAAUAUUGUUCAAGCUAUUACACUACGCUUUAAUUUUUCACAAGAAGCAAAACAUGCCGUUCUCGAAUUCGCACGAAUCUUGGCUGGGCCAAAGUUUGCAAAUUUUCAAAUGACAAAGUAUUCGAUUGCAAAAUUAUUCAAUCCUCCAGAAAAAUGCGUAACUUAUGUAUUUUAUUGCUCCCAAUGUGGUAUUUUACUUAACGAUCCCAUGUUAAAAAGUGAUGUUGAAUUAAAAAAAUGCACACGAUGUAUAAAAUGAGAAGAGGCUUAUACAUUAUCAAUUUCAUCGACUAAUUAUUUUUUAAGUAUUGAUAUGGAAUAUCAACUCCGAUCUUUAUUGGAAGAUGAGAAUAUUGAACAUUCACUACAAAAAAAUGCACGACACUUUAUGAGAAAGUUAAACGCUAACAGUGACGACUCGAUAUCUGACAUACAAGAUGGACUGAUGUAUUUAAAUAAUAAGUAUAUAAAGAAAAAAAAUGAUGAACAUAAAAUUGUUUUGUCAUUAAAUAUGAAUACCGAUGGUACUCCUAUUUUUGAAAGUAGCAAGAAAAGUAUAUGGCCUCUCCAAUGUAUAAUUAAUGAAUUACCUCCAAAAAUAAGGUUCAAAACGUUAAUUUUGGCAUCACUGUGGGUCACUACUGAAGAACCCAAACCGAAAAUCAUGAAUAUUUAUUUAUCUAUUUUUCUCAAACAGCUUGAGCGGUUAAUGAAUCGUGGUAUAAAGAUAACAAACAUUUUAGGCGAGACAAAUACAUAUUAUUUCAUAUUACUGUGUAUACCAGUUGACUCUGUUGCGCGCCCCAUUUUGCAAAAUCGAAUUCAAUUCAACGGGUAUUACGGGUGCAGUUGGUGCUAUUCUAUUGGCAAAUAUGUAGGGUGUGAUAGAUAUGUAAUGACUGAGGAGGAUCCAAUUGAACGUUCACACAAGCAAUAUCUGAAAGGUAUUAACAAUAGUGAAAUUGUAGGUAUGUCGACGAAAGGUGUAAAAGGCCAAUCGGAGAUGACGCGUCUACCUUACUUUGAUUGCGUAUGGGGAUUUCCAGUCGAUUAUAUGCAUGGAACAUUGUUAGGUAUUGUUAAACAGUUGUGGGAUAAAUGGGGGAACUCUCGAAAUUAUUUAAAGUCAUCGGAUAAAUCUAUAAUUGAUGCUCGAUUAAUAUCUAUUAAUCCACCAUCGGAAAUCCAUCGCCUUCCGAGACUAUUAAAAGACAGAGCAAAAUGGAAAGCGACAGAGUGGCGGUCAUGGCUUUUAUAUUACAGUAUUCCAUGUUUACAUGCGAUCCUGCCUGAAGUAGCACUAAAUUCAUACAUGCUUCUUGUAAAAAGCAUACAUACUUUAUUAUCUACUAAUAUCACGGAAGAUAACCUAAUGCAAUGCGAGAUCGACCUGUUACAAUUUGUCGGUGAUUGCCAAUGUAUAUACGGUGAAGACUUUAUGACUUUCGAUGUGCACACAUUAUUACAUUACGUCGAGAGUGUCAGAAAGAAUGGACCAUUAUGGGCAAUAUCAGCCUUUCCAUUUGAAAGCGAUAUAAAUAAUUUAAAAGGUCGUAUUACUGGUCCCAGUGGUGUUCUUGAGCAAAUAGCCAAUCGUACAUUACAAUUAAGCAAACUAAAAAAUUAUAUUACGGCCGGUGUUCGAGACAAUAAGAAUAGUUGGUUAUACUGUACAAAUUUAUUUCAAUACAGACGAAUAAGUGCACAAAAUGUAAUAAGAUCGGAUGAAGGAGCAAUAAUUGUAAACAGUGCAAAAGCAGAAAAAACUAAAAAAUAUUGUCGAAUAAUUUAUAGAGAUACCGUUUUCCAUUCAACAUCAUAUACGCGACCAAAACACACCAAUAAUACUGUAGUGCAGCUUAAAGACUUCACAGUUGUUCAGAUAUCACAUUUUAUAUUAAUUGAUAAUGCCUGUUAUAUGAUCGUUAAAACAUUUCAAACCCGUCCGUUCACAUCAGAUACCGUAACAAUGAAUCACAUUUUAAAUGUAGAAUCAAUAGACAUAUCCACAGCAACCAUUUCAAUCAAAGAAAUUAAAACAAAAUUGAUAUAUAUAAAUAUUCCAAAUAAAAAUAGUACGGAUAAUCUAUUGUACGUAUGCAUUCCACCAAAUGUAAUCGAAGCACAAUAAACUAUAUUUAAUAUUGUUCUUAAUAUUACAUUUUUAAUUAAUUUCUAAUCGUAAACCCGAGAUGCUGUUAUGGGUCAUUAAUGAGAGGCUCAAAACGUUCAGUCAUCCACAAAUACCGGAAGACCGGAGACCGUUGGAGACUUAAUAUACCUCGGAGAAACCUUUGGCGACUCAGAAUUUCCUAUUCGAUUCGCCGACUGGGCCGUUUACCGAUUGGUUCCCAUUGGUCCGAGAAUCGGUGAAUUCUCCGAUGAAAACCUUUUGAGAAUCAAUCGGACGAUACCCCAUUGGAUCUGAUUCGGAUCGUAAACACGAAUUUCCUAUUCAAUCCGAUUCGCCGACUGGGCCGUUUACCGAUUGGUUCCCAUUGGUCCGAGAAUCGGUGAAUUCUCCGAUAAAAACCUUUUGAGAAUCAAUCGGACGAUACCCCGUUGGAUCUGAUUCGGAUCGUAAACACGAAUUUCCUAUUCAAUCCGAUUCGCCGACUGGGCCGUUUACCGAUUGGUUCCCAUUGGUCCGAGAAUCGGUGAAUUCUCUGAUAAAAACCUUUUGAGAAUCAAUCGGACGAUACCCCGUUGGAUCUGAUUCGGAUCGUAAACACGAAUUUCCUAUUCAAUCCGAUUCGCCGACUGGGUCGUUUACCGAUUGGUUCCUAUAGAAACAAGAAACGAAUCGGUGAUGUGCCUAUACAUUCUUAUUGAAAAUAACGUUAAAUAGAAAUCUUAUUAAAUUCUUAUUCGUUCCGAUUCAUUUUUAAUAGGUAACCAUUUCGAUUCCAAUACAACCCAUUCAUUCUUAUUGAUUUUCUAUCGGUUUUAAUAGGUAUGAAUAGUUUUCAAUCGGAAAUUUUAAGCAGGGUGGAGUCAUGGCAUAUAAUAUUUUAUCAUCAUCUGAUGACGAAGAUAUAAUAAGAUAUAUAAAUAGGAGACCCAAAAGAUUUAAAUUACGUAUGAAUUAUUUCGAGGAUUUUGAUGAAAUAGAAUUUAAAAUGAGAUUUCGGCUAAAUAAAAACAAUGUUUUAUUAGUGUUAAAUAACAUAGAAGAAGAAUUAACAUUUUUAUCUAAUAG